CCCUUUAUUUGUUUCCCGCCAAAAAUUGCCAGUUUUUUCCCUCCUUCUUACCAGCCUCGUCUCAGUUCCCUUUCUGCCCGCAUCGAACAUUUUUGAAGCUAACCAUCUCACUCACCGCCAUCAAUCAAUCCUCUACAAUGGACGACAUGGACAUGAUGGACAUGGAAGAACUCGAAUUGCUCGAAUCAAGCUAUCGUAUCUACGAACAAGAAGACGAUAACCACUACCUCUACAACCCUCCCGAAGAUGAACCCGAACUCCAACCCGAACAAUCACCACCAGACCUCGCUUCUCCUUCCGAACCCCAAUCCAACAGCCACAAGCGUUCUCGCUCGGAUCCGAAUUCCGAUUUGGAUUCGGAUUCUGCCGAUGUUGAAAAGAGAGAGAAAGUUAGGGUUAGAGCUGAAGAUCCUCCCGCGGACGAGGAUUGGCUUCGGUACUCUCCUCCUCCUUCUCCAGUUAGAGCUGAAGAAGUGAGAUUAUCCAAGGAAAAGACAUUGUCGCGAUUUGCAUCGGAGAUUGAUGGUGAAGUUAUGCCGGUGACUGCACCUAAUGGAGACAGGGUUUAUACUAAGCUAGAUAGGUACUAUGGUGAAGAUCGAGCUACGAAGCUGAAUAGCGGAGAGUUUUCUUCUGAUCUUGCUUUAGAACCGAUCAGUGUUCUGUUUGAAAGGUUGGAGGAAGAGACUUUUGCUAAGACCUUGGAAGCUAGUUCUGAAAGCCAAAGUGUUGUAGAUGUUCCUGAAACGCUAACGCUCCAUGAAAAACUUUGGGUAGAUAAAUAUGCUCCAAAAUCGUUCACUGAUCUUCUUAGUGACGAACAGACAAAUCGCGAGGUACUAUUAUGGUUAAAACAAUGGGAUUCUACUGUCUUUGGAUCUGAAAUUCGAAGUACAUCAGAGGAUGUUUUGUCUGCUUUGAAACGGCAUUCUUCUAUUUCCCAUAGUCAGAAACCUCUGGGUUCAGGUUUUCCAAGGACAAAGGGAGGACACGUAUGGAGUAAUAAUAGGUAUACAAAUUCUAGAAGUAUGGAAGGGAGUAAUAAUAGGUAUACAAAUUCUAGAAGUAUGGAAGGGAGUGAUAAUUCAAUGAGUAGUCAGGAUACACACAAUACUAUGACACGGCAUAUCGGCGCACCAGAGCAGAAGAUUCUUCUGCUAUGUGGACCACCAGGUCUUGGAAAAACAACGCUUGCACAUGUAGCUGCUAGGCAUUGUGGAUAUCACGUGGUGGAGGUUAAUGCUAGUGAUGAUCGUUCUUCAUCAACAAUUGAAGCAAAAAUCCUUGACGUGGUUCAGAUGAACUCUGUCUUGUCUGAUUCAAAGCCAAAGUGUCUGGUGGUGGAUGAAAUUGAUGGAGCCCUUGGUGACGGAAAGGGUGCUGUGGAGGCUCUUUUAAAGAUGAUUUCUGCUGAAAGGAAGCCCGGUGCAGGGAAGCAGAGUUUGGAUAAGGAACAAACAGAAAAGAAAUCAUCAAAGAAGGGGCGGAAAAUUGCAUCCCUGUCAAGACCUGUGAUUUGCAUAUGUAAUGACUUGUACGCACCUGCCUUAAGAUCAUUACGUCAAGUGGCCAAGGUUCAUGUAUUUGUUCAACCAACAGUUAGUCGGGUGGUAAACAGACUAAAAUAUAUAUGUAACAAGGAGGGGGUGAAAGCCAAUGCCAUUGCACUCACCGCUUUAGCGGAAUAUACAGCAUGUGAUAUACGCUCAUGCUUGAACACACUCCAGUUUGUCUCCAAGAAGAAAGAAACCCUCAAUGCGUUUGAUAUUGGAUCGCAAGUUGUUGGUCAAAAGGACAUGUCAAAAAAUGUUCUAGACAUUUGGAAGGAGUUGUUCCAAAGAAAAAGAACAAAAAAGAUGGAAAGAAAAUCCCAUGAUAGAAAGGUCUCUGAAUUUGACACCUUGUACUCCCUUGUAUCAUUCCGUGGCGAUAGUGACCUGAUUCUGGAUGGAAUUCAUGAAAAUAUUCUGCAGCUCAAUUAUCAUGAUCCAGUUAUGCAGAAAACUGUCAAGUGCCUCAACAGUCUUGAAGUUUAUGAUCUGUUGCAUCAAUAUAUAAUGCGCACACAACAAAUGCCUCUCCUUGUUCAUUUGCCUCCCAUAGCAAUUAUUGUACAUCGCACAGUAGCUCAAGUCCAGAAGCCAAUCAUUGAGUGGCCAAAGUCAUAUCACAGGUAUCGAACAACAAUGAUGGAAAAGAUGGACAUUUUGAAUAACUGGCACAACAAAAUCUCGCCACUUAUUGCAAGGCACUUAUCAGCUACUUCUUUUGUCGAGGACUUAAUUUCUCCAUUGUUACAUAUUCUGUCUCCACCAAGUAUAAGACCGGUGGCACUGCAACUACUAUCAGAUAAGGAGAAGAAUGAUCUUGCUCAAUUAGUUAGCACAAUGGUGUCAUAUGCUAUCACUUAUAAGAAAGUGAAGUCAGAUAUGCUGCCUAAUACCCUGAAGUAUGGAGUGAAAGAUGAAUUGACUUUGUCUCUUGUUCCUUCUAUCGGUAACUUUUUGAACUUUAAGGAUUAUACUUCAAACCAUUACGUACUUUCUUUAGCUAUGAAGCAGGUUCUGGUGCAUGAAGUUGAAAAGCAUAAGAUUUUACAAGCUAAUGUCAAAACAGUGAGUUUAGAAAAUGGAGGGCAUGGAGCUAUCCAAGCUGGAAAUAACUGUAUCCCAUUUGCCAAUACCAACAAUAACACAGCUAUAGUUGAUAAGAAAACCAUUGAAAGUCAAGCUAAUGUUUUUGCAAGGAAAUCAAAUGAAGCCAAGAUAGUUUCACCAAACUUGAACCUCACUAACAUAGUAAAUGCAACAGACAAAGUUAAACUGCUAGACAUGGGAAAUAGGAAAAAACCAUCUAGGACUUCCUCAAGUUUCUUCGACAGGUUUAUAAAGUCAAAUGUUAAGGGUCUCCAAAAUGAUGACGGAUCUCUUCAGAAAGAAACUACAUCAGAGAAAGACCGAAGCCCUUUACUUUUUAAGUUUAACGAGGGUUUUACAAAUGCAGUCCGAAGGCCUGUUCGAAUGCGUGAAUUUCUGUCCUAAUAGUUCUUUCAAAAGCAAUAAUCAGAAUCAACCCUCCGGAUAUGUGCCUCUAUAUUGACUCCGCCACCGAUGUAAUGCAGGUUGUUCGAGCAAUUCUUCCUUAGGCACAAAUAUUAGAUUGAAACAAGUAUGAUAGUAUUAUCAUAUCUAAUUUCAAAAAAAAUGUUCUUAAUGUAUAAAUUUAAUAUUGUAUAAUCAAGUUUUUUUUAUUCAUGUGUUAAAAGAUUGCUGUGGUAUUAAAUUUUUUCUAAAAUUUGGAGUGUCCUCUUAAGUAAAUUAUAGGAAUUUAUUGCAUUUUUAAGUGAUAUAAUAACAUGCUUUAGCACAAGUGAUUUAA